AUGAUUCGAGAUGGAAAAAUUAGAAUUCAACGGAUUUUCGAUUAUAUCGAACAAUAUCUCGAACAAUAUCUCGAACAAUAUCUCGAACAAUAUCUCGAACAAUGUUUCAAUCGAUAUCUCGAACCAUAUCUUGAACGAUAUCAUACACAAUAUCUCGAUCGAUAUCUCGAACAAUGUCUUAAUCGAUCUCUCGAACCAUAUCUCGAACAAUAUUUUCAUCAAUAUCUCGAACGGUAUCUCGAACGAUAUUUUGAUUGA